AUGAGGCUUCUCAACGUCCAUAAUUUGUUGCUGGAAGAAUUCCCGGCGGAACCCCCGCGCUAUGCUGUCUUGUCGCAUACGUGGGAUGAUGGAGAGAUCCAAUUCCGGGAUCUGAGUGAGAACGAACAAGCAUCAGUGCGCAACAAGAAGGGGUAUCAGAAAAUUCAAGGAGUAUGUCGCAUGGCAAAAGAACGAGCCCUCGACUGGUGUUGGGUUGAUACUUGCUGUAUCGACAAAACUUCCAGCGCGGAGCUGUCAGAGGCUAUCAACUCCAUGUUCAAGUGGUAUCAAAACGCCGAGAUUUGCUUUGUUUACCUGAGUGACCUUUCCGUCACUGAGGCUGGCGGACAGGGUCGACAAGCAAAAUCGUUAUCAUCGAGCCGAUGGUUUUCCAGAGGCUGGACCUUGCAAGAACUCAUUGCUCCCAAAACGGUACUGUUUUAUGACUACUCAUGGGAGGUCAUAGGAGAGAAAUGCUCGAUACCAUUCCGCACCGCCUUGUCGACCGUUACCGGUAUACCCGAACUUGUCCUUACAAACGACGAAAAGCUUCAAGAUAUCGCGGUCGCCCAAAGAAUGUCCUGGGCAGCAGGAAGAAAGACCACAAAGCCCGAAGAUAUGGCGUAUUGUCUUCUUGGGAUUUUCGAUGUUGGGAUACCAAUACUGUACGGCGAAGGUCCCAGGGCUUUUUUUCGACUACAGGAGGAAAUAUUGAAAAACACCACGGAUACUUCUAUAUUUGCCUGGACAGCAGAUGGCCAUGCAGAGCCUCGAGGUUUGUUAGCAGAGUCGGUCAACGAGUUUCUAGGAUAA